AUGCCGCCAUGUCUCUCCACCCCUCCCCUCGCCCCCCGCCCGCAGGUUCGGUGUUGGGAGGUGCAGGCGAACGGCACGGCGGUGCCAAAGGCGGCGACCAGCCACGACGGCCCCGUCCUCUCCGCCUCGUGGUCCGCAGGCACCGCUCUAGUACCGAGAGGCAGCCGAGAGGCAGCCGAGAGGCAGCCGAGAGGCAGCCGAGAUGCUGGUUAUUUCGUGGACACUUCCGCGACACUUCCGUCUUCACAGCUGCGCCUCCUCAACAGGUGCGCCGAGAAGAACUUUUUGGUCACCGCCUCGUGGGACAACACAAUCAAGUUCUGGGACGGAAAGUCGGCAGCACCGGGCGCGACGCUGGCGCUCUCCUCCGCCCACCUCUCAGGCACGCCCUAUGCGGUUGACGUGCGAGGCAAGCUGAUGGUCGUUGCGACUGCCGACCGGAAGAUCGUCGUAGUCAACUUGGACCAGCCCUCCGUCGCCUUCAACACAAUCACCUCUCCGCUAAAGUACCAGUCACGCUGCAUCGCCGCCUUCCCGGACCAGCGCGGCUUCUGCCUCGGCUCGAUCGCCGCGUCGGCUGCAUCUCGGUGGUAUCUCGGCGGUAUCUCGGCCAUAUCUCCGCUUCAUCUCGGCAUAGGCUCCAUCGAGGGGCGCGUCGCCGUCCACCACGUCAACAAGGCGGACGAGCAGAAGAAUUUCGCCUUCAAGUGCCACCGCGAGAACAACCUCGACAUCUACUCGGUCAACUGCAUCGCCUUCCACCCUACCUUCGGCACCUUCGCCACCACCGGCUCUGACGGCACCUCCCAGCCUUCGGGACACGGGCUCGCGGCUGCCUUCACCAAGGGCUCGCUGCCCAUCCCCGUCGGCCGCUUCUCGCGCGACGGCGCCAUCUUUGCGUACGCCGCCUCAUACGACUGGUCAAAGGUGCCUCCUCCCCUCUACUCACUGCUGAUUCCUGAUUGCUCCCUGCUGACGCCUCGUACGACUGGUCAAAGGGCUCGGAGCACUACAACCCGCGCACCAACCACCUGCUGCUGCACUCGGCGCCGAGAUCUAGCCGAGAUUGGCCGGGAUCUAGCCGAGAUCUAG